AUGUACAGCCUGAUGGAGCACGAGCUGCAGCCGGUGGGACAGACCCAGACCCAACAGAACCACCAGACCUCUGCGGGGAUGUCUCAGAUCACUGGGACCAACUCACACCAGAAACCAGCUUGUCCACCUGGAACGGAUCCCAUGGACAAAGUCAAGAGGCCCAUGAAUGCAUUCAUGGUCUGGUCCCGGGGUCAGAGGCGGAAGAUGGCCCAUGAAAACCCCAAAAUGCACAACUCCGAGAUCAGCAAGCGGUUGGGGGCCGAGUGGAAACUGCUGACGGACUCAGAGAAGAGACCCUUCAUUGACGAGGCCAAGAGGCUCCGGGCAGUCCACAUGAAGGACUACCCAGACUACAAGUACAAGCCUCGACGGAAGACCAAGCCCCUGCUGAAGAAGGACGCGCAAGUGGCCAAGUACCAGCUGUCUGGGGCCGGGACCCUGACAGCCAGCAGUCCCAGGAUGGAGGCUUACAGCUGGGCUUCCCCCGGACCCUACCCCAGCAUGCAGGGUGAGGGGCUUGGCUACAGCCAGCAGCUGCACCGCUACGAGCUGCCGGGGCUGCAGUACCCCCCCAACAUGAGCGGAACCCAGACAUACAUGACGGGGGGCAGCUCAUACAGUCCCAUGUCUUACAGCAACAGUCCUCAGCAGCUGAGCCCGGUCACUGUGUCCCACACCCCCUCUGUGGGGACACCCACCCACCACCGAGGGGCUCUGCAGGGGGACCUCAGGGACAUGAUCAGCAUGUACAUUCCUGGACCUGGAGGGGAUUCCUCUGAUCCUGCAGUGGCUCAAAGGGGCUACACAAGUGUCCAGCAGCACUACCUCACUGGAACUGUCCCACUCACACACAUCUAGGACUGCCGUGGGACCCUCGAGGUGGGCUGGGGUGUGAAGACUAAUAGGAGGAG